AUCGGAACUUUUUCGCCUCUCGGACGUGUCACGGACUGCGCCUGCUAUUGCCUCAAUAGUCCUAGUGAAAUCAAGUCAAUCAAGUGUGGCCAUCGAUUUACGCGAAAGAAAGAGGAGAAAGAGGCACUUAUGUCCAUCGGGUGUUGAAUUUUGAAAGAAUACAAUCCGUUGGAAGGUUGGAUCAGUUGACUUGAAUCAGGGACCAUCAGAAAAGUACCAGUAUCAGUCUAGAGUUGCUGAAACCUUCAACAUUUCAGAAUGGUGUGACUUCCUUCAGACCUGAUGCUGCUUUCAGCAAUGGGUUUUCGAUACUGGGAAAUGCGCCUUAUCGGGCGCUUUCAUCAAACUUUCCGUGGAACGAUGGCCAAGAACUUCUGAUAGCGACCUGUCCAGAUCUACCAAGUGAUUAUUGUCAGCUUCAUAGGCAUUUAAAGUGUCUAGUACAAGUCUGUGAUUUCGGACCAACCAAUUCUACGUCCCUCUUUCUUGAGAUAAAUAUAAGAUUGCAAUACCUCCCACUGGAAUCAAUCUAAUUCCAUUGUAUCCCUGCACUAAUAUUUUUACGCCACCUACGAUUUAUCGAAACUCGACGAGGAAAAUCGAUAUUCAUACGAAUAGAACGAGAGAUUUUUCACAACAACUAAUUGGCGAAGCUGGAACUUGAAUUUAGCGGGAAGGAUUGUAAAAAGGGGGAAUUGAAAGUUUAAUGGUAGGCGUGAGUCUAGGAAAUAAAUUCUAGAUUCGGAGAGUGAGUCCAAAAUUUAUUUAUUGAGAACGGCGAAACUCGGAUUCACCAGGAUUAUUUCACAAUGUCGGGUCAAUAUCCUGGACACAGUCGGCCACCGGUUGGCACUCCUCCGCCUCAGACUGUCUGGAAUCAUCUGACUAUGACACAAGGACAAGGACUGAACAUGCAUCCAACGGGUCUAUCAGGAGCGUCACUGAAUCCAGCCGGAUUCUACACGCAUCCAUCCAUGGCGCGCGCUUCUCAUUUAACACCCCAACAACUCACUCCACAAUUGGCACACACUCAGGCGCCACCAACCUGGCACACGCCAACUGUACCUGCAAAGUCCGUAACGCCUUCAAACACCGGCGGCAAUCCACUCUUCAGUCUGCAGAUGUUGGUUGACAAUCGGCAAAAUCAGAACCAGUACCGCAAUUCGCCGGGCGCGCAGAGCUCGCUCGAUCUCUCGGCGACCUCGGAAAUCGCCGAAAACUAUUCUCGAAUACCUCAAGAUAUUCCGAUCAGCUUGACAGCUCGGAACGUCGACAAGGGCAGUCGGAACGGGAACAUUAUUUCGCCGCCGAUACCUCUGAACGGCGACACCUCAUCGGACAGUGGAAUUAGUUCGUCCGUGCCCACGCCCAACUCCCUCAUUGAGCCAGUCUCGCUCUCUACCAAGGAGCUCCUCGCGCCCAAAAUCUCGGUCAAGAACUUUGAGAGUAAUCUCCGAGGUGUGGCGAAUCUCCACGACAAACUGAAGGAAGGCGGCAUCGACAGUUAUGUCCAGAAGGUGAUCAAUCUGCCGCCGAAUGUUACCAUCGAGAGGGUAACGACCGAGAAGAAGGAGACCGAGGUGGUCAAGUGUAAAGAUACGCUGAGCGUGAUUGCCCAGAUGCCCAGGAGCAUUAUGCCGGUGAUUGUUAAUCUAACGGCGAAGGACAAGGACCUGGUGGAGAGUCCGCGACGAGAGCCGUCGGUGGAGAGUGACAGGAAGGUGGAGGAUUCGACGAGUGUGAGAUCGCCGAAGCCCGCGCCCAAGAGGGGAGCCAAAAAGGGUGUUGAUUCGCUCCUGGAGAAGUUGGAGGGUGGAAAUAAAAAGUUGGGAGUGGAGAGUAUCGUCGGUUCGGUGAUAGUGACGCCCGUGGAUGAGAAGGACACAAGUAGUGUGAAGAGUAUGUCGCCCGAGAGGCGGAAAUCAAGAUCUCCGAAUCGCGAGGACGAUGUGAUCUCGCCUUUCAGCAACGAGGACUCGAAUGAUAAUACGAAGCAGAGGCGGAAACGAAAACUCGAGAAGCCCCUGAGACUUAGCAAGGAUUCCAAGACGGAGGUGGAGGAUAUGGAACUCGAGCCGACCGAGCCCACGGAGCCGCGAGGCUGUGACAUGGAAGUGGAUCUUGUCGCUCAUUGUCAGCAGCAGCAACAGCAGCAGCAUUCUCUCCAGAUGAAUGAGCGAGUGGACUAUAGAAUAGAGCAGAGAAUCGUGGAGAAUAAAGUGGAGGAGAGAAUUGCGGGAAGAGUGGAGGAAAGUGGUGUUGUGGGAGAGAGGACAGAGAGAGUGGUGGAGGAGAGUGUGGUAGAGAAGAUGGAAGAGUGUGCGGUGGAGGAGGGGGAUGAGGAGGAGGAGAGUGUGGACGAGAAGGGCGAGGAGAAUCAGCCGAUCAGGAGGCGGAGAUGCAGCGAGGGUCCGGCGACAAAUCCGAUUGUCAAUCAGAGGGUGAGGAGAAAAUCGAGCGACGACGCGACUGAUCUGUCCAAGGUGGAGAGUUCGAAAGUCGCGGGCAAUGCGAAUCCCUUCAAUCAGGUCGAGUCCGAACUCGAGAAAAUGUUCGCGGGAAUUGUCGAGACUGACGAGACGAAGAAGCAGGAGCCGAAGUUGGAGGAGGAGGAGGAGGGCGCGAAAGAGAAGACGACGGACGAUGAUUGUUUGAAGGUGGAAAGUAUCGAAAAUAUUGUCGAGUCGACGACUGGAGGUGGUCAGAGCUCGAGUUUGGAUCAUGUCUCGUCGUCGGUGGAGGCUAAAGCAACGCCAAAAGCGGGCAAGAAGCGGAGAGUGCGUGGUGGUAAGAGAAAAUUGUUGUCCAAGUCGGACAAUAUAUUUGGACCGAGUGGUGGUGAUUCGAAGGAUGGGAAGAGGGGGGGUAAAGCGACCAAGGGCAAGAAGCAGCAGCAGCAGGAGAGUUCGAAGAAGAAUUCGACGAAAAAGGGGACGACGAAGGUGGAUGGAUUGAGGGAGGUGACUUAUGAUUCGGGCUCGAAUGCGAGUUCAAUUCGAUCGCGUGGACCUGUUGUUCAUGUCGAGGGGCCUCGGGACAGUCCGUUGAGUAUAGAAGUUGUCAAUGUGCCAAGGGAGGAUGAGGAGGAGAAGAGCAAGGAGAAGAGGAAAAAUAUGGGAAAUGGAAAUGCGGGUCGGAGUAAGAGGCUCAGUCAUCAAAAUGAUCUCGACUAUCGGGGGAAAGUUAACAAAGCUGGUCUGUUCAGCUCAACUUUAUCUUCAAGAUACGAUGCGCAUACAACGGAUUCGACGUGGGUUUGUGUAUUUUGUAAGCAAGGUCCACAUUCUAUUGUAGCUGGAGAUCCAUCCAGACCACAUCCUAAUUUAGCUGGUCCACACAUAGCCCCUGGAACAUAUGUAGUACCAGCCGGAGUACUGAGCGAUCUCUUCGGUCCAUACCUGAUUGGAAGAGAGCGGCUGGAAGAUGGAAUUUUAUCGGCGGAUGAACAAGAUGUGAUGGCAGAGCAGAAGAAAGGUAGUAAGAAUAAGCGCAGUUUACGAUACGCAGGACUGGCCGAUCAGUUUUCUGCUAAAAUGAGUAAGAAGAAGAGAAACUCUGUCGAAAGCAGCACCAAUACUGUAUUCACAGGCAUGACUUUAAUUCCUGGCGAAGAACAACGUUGGGAGGUCUGGCUUCACGAGCAGUGUGCAGUUUGGGCAGCUGGUGUUUAUUUAGCAGGCGGUAGAGUGACAGGCUUGCAGGAGGCAGUCUGGGACGCUGCAAAGUCAGUUUGCGACAAUUGCGGUUUGACGGGAGCGAAUAUUGGCUGUGUAAAACGUGGCUGUAAAGCCGUGACACACUACCCCUGUGCCCUCACUAACAGCUGGCUGCUCGAUACCAAUAGCUACAUACCCAAGUGUAAUAUUCACCGAGUGACGUGAGAUUCCGGUGAGUUUCUUCCGAGCAACCUCAAAUUUCAAAAGAAGACAACAACAAGAAAAAGAAAAAUUAAAAUAAAUGAAAAAAAUAAUCCAGCUGCGUAAGAUGUGUUCCGAUUGUGUGGGUGGGUGGGUGUAUUAUCGUACCAACUUGGCAGAAUCUGAGAAGCUGUAGAACCAGAAAAAAAUCGCCUUACGGAAGAGUAGGGCUUGCUUACAACAGCCAAUUAUAAUGCGACGAAUAUCGAUGAAAAAGCAACAAAAAAAAAGGGAAAGUUUGUACUUGAAGUUGAGUAUACACACAAAAAUAAUUAUGUUUGUCUGUAAUUAUACAUACCUAUACCACGUGAAAAUGUGUAUCAUAUUUAUCAAUGAAUUGCGUAGGCUGCCGAAAAAAAUUAAACAAUAAAUAAUUAUGCAAUAUUCGUGACGGACGAAUUCCCUGUGCUUCGCACUUUACUUUCGUCAGCGGGCAGACCUCAUGUAAAAUACGAUAAAUUAAUUAAAAAUUAGGUAUAGGAAAAGGGAAAAAAGUUUAUAAUGAAUCUAUAAACUUGAAUGGGCGAUUUUUGGGAUCAGUACGAACGAUUAGCAAGUCUCUCGUUAUCAAAAAUUCUAGUUUUACUACCAAAAUCAAAAUGACAAAAUUAUCAUUCCUUUUUUUUUUUUUUAGUGUUUGGACUCGUUUAUUUUCCUUCGAUUCUUGGGCAUUCUAUUAAAACAACCACGAGAUUGUACAGAGAAAAAGAUGUACUGUUUUUAGAUUAACUCAUUCUAAAAAACGGGUAAUCCACAAGGACCGAAUCGUGUGCACGAUUCGUCCUGAAGCCGGAGUGAGGACGAGUCGUGGACUGUCUAAAAUACUAGAAAAAUGAAAUUUUUUUUAGCUUUAUCUGCUUGUGACGUGAAUCCCAAGGACAAUUUGUACAAUUUUUGCCAAAAAAAAAAGUGUUCGAUCCCAAUAAUGUCGACUUAAAUUCACUGAACUAAGUACUAGUAAUCUAAUACUUGGCGCGUGUAAUAUUUAUUGUACAGAAGUAAUGAGAAAAUGGAAAAAAUUCACUCGAUUUUGCUGUUCUUCGAUUCACAAGGUUUUAUUGAUUGUGCUGAAUAUAAUUGUUUGAUUUUGCAAUUCCAAGGGGGUACAAGAACUGAAUUAAUUGUGUUAAAAGUGUUCUUUCGACUACCUUCAAGAAGUGAUCUUGUUUCUUUUCUUUCUUUCUUUUAUUUUCUUUCUUUUUCUUUUCUUUUGUUUUUCUUUUUUUUUUUUUUUUUUUUUGAAAUCAAGGUGUAGACAUUUUUAUAUACAUUUUAGAGACAUUUUUUUACCGCAAAAAUCAUAGUCACUUUGUCUGAAGAUAAAAUCAAGAUAAGUACGAUUUUUCUUUUUUUUUUUUGUGGCAAUGCCAAUUGUACAAUUGAAUCCAAUUCUCUAUUUUACAAUCUUUUAAACACCAGUGAAAGAAACUUAAAGCCACGUUUAUAAUUUGAGCAGUAAUUUAUAAAUUAUUCGUCGUUUAUUAUCGCAUAUUAACUAGAUUAGUAGUUAAUGUUCGUUUACCCAUUCAUAUCAUUAUGUCGACGAUUUCUGCGAGAGUGUGAGAUGAUGGUGAUUUUUUUUUUCUUUGGUCGCUACGGAAAUUGUAUACAAUUGCGUAGAACAUAUAUGAUUGAAGUAGCUAAGAAAGGCAAAAUUGUAAAAACAAAAAACAUGAAAUCAUAAUGUACAUAAUGCGUAGACAGAAGUAUAUAUUAUAUACACAUAAUAUAUAUUAUAUAUAUAAUUAUAUAUAUAUUACGAAGGCAUAUGUUACAAUUUUUGUUUCCCUCAGCACAGAGUAUGAUAAGUAGGUAAUGGUUUUGACUUCUCAAGCGACAUCACACAAACAUAUUAUUUUUAUUAUAAAUACUAUUAUUAUUAUUAUUAUUAUUAUUGUCAUAACUUAUUAUUGUCUUAUUUAAAGCAGACCUUUGUACGUAGCUAUCAAGGUACUUUUGGGGGAAAAAAAUAUAUGAAUUCGGAUCGAUGGUGUUGAAAAAGUAAGGCUUGAGGGGUUGAAUUUUAGGUGUAAGAUCGCGAGUACGGAUAUUAAAAAGUAUGGUGAACUCUUUGUACAUACAAUACAUAUAUAGCAACAAAUUUUAUGUAUAAAAA